AUGAGCAUUGAGGAGUCCUUCGGACGAAUUGCGAUCAGUGGCACAGCGAGUGUGGGAAAGCUCUCGCGCUGUGAUCAGUUAACCAUCAAACUCCGACAAAGCUCGAUUCGUUCGAACCACCACCUCGUUCUUCUUGAAUCCCAUUCCAACAACCUCCUGCAAACUUCUACGAGUCCCGUAUCACAGAAAGCCCCAACUAAAUUCAAAGGCGCACUGAUGGCGUCGACCCCUUACCAAACCCCUCCCCGAAACGGGAGUCGACAAGCACUGGGUAUGGCGGCAACGACUAUAAACAAUAAAGUCACCCCGCGUCACGGCCCCGCACCCCCUCUGCAAUACGACGACACCAAUACCCAGCUUCGCCCAGAAGUUGGUCACUUCAUGAACUUCGAAAUGGUCGGGUGCAGCGUGGAUGUUUUCAUGAGCCACUACAUGCCAAGCUACAAGCGAGCAACUGUCAAGAAGGUCAUGAGUCGUUUGAAAAACCAGCUCCCACCUUCUCUGGUGAAACGCCACUCGUCCCUUGUUGAAUCCAACGGACAGCAGCCAGAGAGGAAUCCUUACCCUUUCGUCUUUGAUUCGUUUAAGUACCGCCCGGCCACAAUCAACGGAGUGAAGGACUUCAAUGAGAAGUACUCGUUGAAUGUAUCGACAAAGCAGAUUGAGAAGGCUAUCUUUGAGGCCAUCGAGAAGAUCGACGCGGCUGUCAGAGACGCACUCAAGUCUCUUGGGAUUGAGGUCAAUGAAUUCUCCAUCCGCAUGUGCCCUGACACCAAUCUACUUGCCGACCUCGACGGAGCCACUCAGAGGAUCGACGCGUGUAUGACGGCCAAGAGAACUGGGCGUCCUCAUAUCACGGACAUCAUCGUAGCUUUCGAGUUCAAGGUCAAGCGCACAGAGGCGACUAUUGAGCAGAACCGUCUUCAGGUUGUGUCGCACGUCAACCAUGUGAUGAGCGACGACCCUCGACGUCUAUUUGUAUAUGAGGUCACGAUCGAGGAUGAUCGUGUCACGCUUUGGUACUUCUCGAGGUCCCACUCUGCGAAAUCCGAGUCGUUCAGUAUGAUCGAGCACCCGGAUCUCUUUGUCGAGGUAAUCGUCUCGCUCGCGUGUGCAACGGCGGAGAAACUUGGCAUUGAUCCCUACGUUCACUUGGUGAAUGAUCAGCGCUAUGUCUACGAGUUUCCUCCCAAUAGAACACGACUCCAGUCGGAGUUUUACCUGACUGACGGUGUUCUCUCCGAAUAUCGCUCCCUACGGCUCACUGGUCGCUGCACACGGAUCACUAUGGACUCCAUACCGCGCAGAAGCUAUCCGGUUGCCGUACAAUGGCUUUUGUUAUCCUCAAACCGGACGAUUCUGGUCAACUCAGAAAGUCGCGAAACUUCUAACUUUUUCCUGAUUUCACACCCCGUAUGA